CGCCGGGACGACCGAGCGAGUUGCCCUACACACAUAACGUCUUCAAACACGGCACGCCAUAUUUCCCCUCCCCACGACUGCACACCCAAGAAAAAAAUGCUCCGUCUUCCCUCCCUACUGUUAACUUUCACUCUCGGAGGAGGUCUCAAAUUUCCCGCUGCUCAAUCAGAGUUUGACGAUUUGUCUAUUCGAACGAUACGUUUCCCUUCAGACCGUGUUGAAAGCCUUCCUCUCGCCGUUAUUGAAGGUCUUCAGACUUCACCUACCCUCCCUCGCCCACUCUCUUCCGACUCUCUUAACGCUGCACGGGCUUUGUUUGCGAAUAUCACCUCGGCAACUGGAAAGAAUAUCUCUGAUGAAGCUAUUGAAGAACUCCAUGGGUGGUACGGAAGGAGACUUUGGGGGGCUGGGUUUGUGGAUAUCACGGGCUCCGAAGGUGGGGUGAGGUCGUUGGAAGUCACUACGCCAGAUUUCCCUACCCCGGAUCCUUCUAAACACCCCGAGUUGAUCCCGAUGUUGGCGAAAGCGAAAGCCUCCGAGAUUGAGGGGUAUGUAACGCAGUUGUCGACAGCAUAUGCUACGCGGUAUUACCGCAGUACGAAUGCUCGUGCACCGGCUCUUUGGAUUCAAUCCCAGUUCUCUUCUUGGUUUGGAAGCUCGCAGAAGUUAGCGGAGAACUCGUUUGAUCAACCGAAUGUGAUUGGGAGGAUUGAGGCCAAGUCGGAGGAUGCGAACGCUCCCAUUGUUCUCCUUGGUGCUCAUCUAGAUUCGACGAGUCAGACUCCAUCGUCGAAAGCUCCUGGUGCUGAUGAUGAUGCCUCGGGUGUCGCGGUUAUGAUGGCUGUCAUGCGGAUCCUCAAGGAUAGCAACUACCAGGGGACUUACGCAAUUGAAGCUCACGCCUAUGCUGGUGAAGAAGGGGGCUUACUUGGUUCUCAAGCGCUUGCAAAGGCGUACAAAGCCGCUGGGAAGGAUAUUCGUGGAAUGGAUUUAGAGAUGGUUGGUUGGCAACCCAACACUUUGACCAACUCCGGCAAGUCGAGCACUAUUACCAUUCUUUCUGAUCCGAAUAUUGCGAUGAGUACCCACAUGACCCAAAUUGUGGAGGCUUAUGUUCCUACUGCUGAGAGGAGGAGCGUUGCCUGCGGUUACGGCUGCAGUGACCAUUACUCGUUCUCCGACCAAGGAUACCCAGUUGUCUGUAUCGCCUCCUACGGACCCAACGAUAGUGACUUGAACCCUAACUACCAUACGAUGAAUGACACCGUCGAUACGCUCAAUUUUGAUAGGUCUGUUGACUUUGUAAAGGCCGCAUUGGCAUGGGUCCUUGAAGUGGCGGCUUGAACUUCUCACACAUGAGUCGCAUUUCAAUGUGUUUUAAUGAGUCGAAGAGAAGAACAUUUGAAUUGUACGAUAUCGC